AUGUCGUGCAUAGCGUGUCCGGCUGCUCAAGCAUGCGACUGCCCCUCAGACCAGGUCUGUAUACAGUCCGGACGAAGCUGCCAAACCUGCCCAGUAAACUCGUGCGUGGCGCCAGACAGUGUUGCCGGCCUGGGCGGCGGAGGCGCAGGUAAUACUGGCACACACCACAGCUCGGUUGGAGGCGUCAUCGGAGGUGGAGUAGGUGGUGCCCUGGCCGGCUUACUGCUCGUCGGUCUUGCGCUCGUCUACUUGCGACGACGCUCAGCCGUCCGUCUCCCUUCGAAGCCCGCAGAAAGUGUGUCUAUGCGCGCCAGCUCGAUAUAUGAUCGCAUCGUGAGGCUACCGCUGUCCUUGUUGCUGGGCGGAGGAGGUCAUGGCUCGACAAGCCGCAAACUCUCAAAGGAGUCAAGCGAGACAAAGGCGGCACACCGCUUGAGCUGGUCCGGGCGAUCCAAGCGCGCAUCAACGCUGCUCGAGACUGCAUCUACGAAUGAGAAACUGGGUCUCAACGAAGCUCGCGACCUCGUCAGCAUCGGUCCACAAGGGGACGCGCGAGAGUGCUCGCCCACAGAUCGUCGCAUCUCGCUACCGAUCAGUCUGUUUUCUGACGCUUCGCAAGCUACGGAACACUCGCCAAACAAGACGAGGCACCUCUCUCUGCAGCCUCCUCGCACAACUAAUCCGCAAGCCCCGCGACUACCAACGAUUUAUGACGAAAGCGCUCGUGCAGACCCGUUUGCAGACGUAUUUGCUAUCGGUCAAAUUGCAGAUGCCCCAGGGCACGCAAUGACCGGAAACCUGAGCGAUAGGAGCGCCAUCGCGAGCGCCUACUUGCCCGCGCAUGCCAAUUCGAUGUCCCUCGCGGACGGUCUCUUCCGAACGCCAAGCGGCGAACUGUCCUCUUCACAUUACACGUCUGGCUCGACACGCAAUGGCGCGCCUCGACUCAGUGUGCCGGUCUCGACCACGUCUCGAGAUUCGGGAGGAAGCUUUGCUCACAUGGCGCCCGAGGUUCAGUCACCUGCUCACCCGUCCCUGCCGCUGCUGUUCGAUGACCAGACAUCACUCAAGAGAGCAGCUUCGACCGUUACCCGAUCGGGCAGUGGCAAGCCCUUCAGACCGCCUCGAGCGCCUGAUCUCGAUCUCGUUCUACCUGAGCCGGAGUCGACAGAGCAGCUCAAUGUCGGCGUGGACGCGCCAUCGCCCAGCUCGGCCGCUAAUGAUCAGAUGCUGCACCUGCCAAACGUGCUGAGGGAUCGCUCUAGCGUCGCCUCGACCGAGACCAUGAGUACCAUCAGCCAUAUGAGCUAUAUUCUCGACCCGCCACAAAUUGUCACACCGCAUUCCGCAAACCAGGUACACGUCGUCGGCGUCUCAACAGCGCGGGCUGUCCAAGUCAAGAUGCCAAGCAAGACCUCGCCCGCGCCGUCGAGUAAUACAGCUAGUAUCAUCAGCGGCAGCUCGGGCUCGACUGAUCCCUUUGCCGAUCCUGCACUGUCGCCAACAUCGUCGGACAUGGACUCAGCACGCCGGAGUAGCUCAGAGACUGUCAGGCAAUCGACUUCUUCGAUCAUGCCUGCUUUGCCACCAUCGUCUCGCUUCUCGGACGCGUCGCAAGCCGCUGGACCGCGCAUGUCCAAUGCAUCGGCGACCACUUCUGCAAAGCAAAGCGAGCUUGAGCGCGAAGAAUCAGUGCGUGCUUCGACACCGCUCAGCAUCAGCGGCAUAUCAAAUCGAUCAUCCCACAACAGCCAGCGAGUAUCACAGCAGACAGGCAGGGGCUCACUCCUCAGUCUCGAUGGCAUACCAUUCCAGCUCGCCUUCCCCGGCGGAGAGCGAAACAGCGGUUUCUCAGUGCAAAGUGCCGGUCACGACGCAUAG